AAGCACUCCCCUUCCGCUCCGCCCCGUCCUUCGUCAGCUCGGGGCGGCAGUCCCCUGUUUCAGCCGUCGGCUCCGCGCUGCCAUCGCUGCCGCUGCUGGACCGGGACCGAGACCGAGCCUGGGCCUGGGCCUCGGCCUCCGGCUCCUCCGCGCAGCCAUCGCCCUGCGCCUCCAUCUGCUCCGGCUGGCACGAAGCGGCGCAGGACGCUGUCUCCUCGGCAACGGCGGCUUCGAGCCUCAGGACCCCGGACUGAGGAGCCUUCGGCCGGCAGGUUUGCAGGAACCUUAUGCCAGUAAAUAAAAUAACAAGAGAAAAAUGUCGUUAAGGAAAGUGAACAUUUCCAUCCUUAUAGUGGCUGUUGUCAUAUUUUUGCUAGUUCUUCACCAUAACUUCCUAGGCCUCAGUGACUUCUUGAAACGGGAAUUGACAGAUUCAAAUCCAUUAGGACUUCAGCCUAUAGAUUUCAUACCUGCAGUUCCCCAGAGGCUGGCGGAUGAAAGGAAUGAUAAGGAGAUUUCUGUGGUCAUUGCAGCAUCAGAUGAGAGGCUUGGGGGUGCAAUUGCAGCCAUGAACAGUAUUUACUAUCACACCAGAUCCAACGUGGUUUUCCAUAUUGUUACUUUGAAUGAUACAGUGGAUCACUUGAGGCUGUGGCUCAGUAACAGUGCUCUGAAAAAUCUGAGAUACCGCAUUUUGGAUUUUGACCCUCGUGUCUUAGAAGGGAAAGUAGAAGUGGAUCCUCAAAAGGCAGACACCUUAAAACCAUUAACUUUUGCCAGAUUCUACUUGCCCAGUUUGGUACCUCAUGCGGAGAAGGCUAUCUAUGUGGAUGAUGAUGUAAUUGUACAAGAUGAUAUUCUUGAACUUUACAACACUCCGUUGAAACCUGGACAUGCAGCUGCAUUUUCAGAUGAUUGUGACUCAAUCACUAAUAAAGUUGCUGUCCGUGGGGCAGGCAAUCAGUAUAAUUACAUUGGGUUUCUAGAUUACAAAAAAGAAACCAUCCGAAAGCUUGCCAUGAAAGCCAACACCUGCUCUUUCAAUCCAGGAGUUAUUGUUGCCAAUUUGACAGAAUGGAAAUUGCAGAACAUCACGAAGCAAUUGGAGAAGUGGAUGGCACUGAAUGUAGUAGAGCAGCUUUACAGUAGGACUCUGGCUGGCAGCAUCACAACACCUCCAUUGCUAAUUGUAUUUUACAAGCAACAUUCCAGUAUUGACCCCAUGUGGAAUGUCCGGCAUCUCGGGUCUAGUGCUGGAAAAAGGUACUCUCCUCAGUUUGUGAAAGCUGCCAAGUUGCUCCAUUGGAAUGGACAUUUCAAGCCAUGGGGAAGAACAGCUUCAUAUGCUGAAGUCUGGGAGAAGUGGUAUGUCCCUGACCCUACAGGCAAGUUCAGCCUAAUCCGCAGACAUUCAGAAGCCUAUGAAGCAAAGUAGAGUCCAUAUUAGUAACUGAUGGCAUUUUCUCAGGAAACUUCUGGAGCCAAGCAGAACUGUAUUUUUUUUGUUUAGCCAACUUGUAUUUCAGAGCAGUCCUUUUGCUUUCUGGAGCACGAGGUGAGACACUAAUUCAGGUGCAGUUCUGAAAUGCACAGCCCCAAAGGAGACUCACUUGUGUGACAGAAGAUGCUACACCAUCAGCACUAUAGAAAGCAAGGGAAAAUCUCCAUGAACUAGCACUUUUAUUAGUUCAUUUCUGUUGUGCAUUCUGCUGCUCUUUACUACAAGUCUUCUAGAGGAGAAGCUACAGAAAGAAAUAUUUCUAAGAACAAGAUAUAUCUUCAGUUGGUGCUUGCCCCAUGCAAAUCUUGCACAGCAAUGUACUGUAAUUAAGAGCUGCUUGGGUUUUGUUCUGGAUUUUUUUUUGUUUGUUUUCUUAUCCUGUGAAAUAGUUUCCUCAAGAAUCCUUUCUUGCAUGAAAUCUUCUUGCAACCAUUUCUGUGUCUUUCUUGCAGAUUUCUGCAGAAUCAAAUUGAUUUUUUGAAAUAUUAAUUUUUCAAGUAUUAUUUCACUCUGCAAAGUGGGUUUAACUGCCAGUGAACACUAAACCAGUUUUUGUGAAGUGGUGGAGAAAACUUUGUUGAAAAAUAAAAGCUAAUUUUAACAUGUUGACUCAAACCUCAGGUAAUGGCAAUCUGAUUCUAGUUUUGAUCCAUGAAGCACGUUUCCUUUGUACUUAAAUGCAGUAGGAGUGAUUGAGACUAAAGUUAUCUCAUCUUUGCAAAAGCAAUCUAAUUCUAAAAUUGUGCUAAGCAUUUAUUGUGGGGAUCUGGCCGUAUGAAACAUUGUUAUGAAUUGUUCUAAGUUCCUCAUAGUUCUUUCAAGUGAGUAUGAUUCUGCUAUAGAAGUUUCUCUCACCAUGCCUUUCCCAGUCUGACCCUUUAAACUCAUCAAGCAGGAUUCCUGUGCCCUUUUGUAGUCAGCUGCCCACCACCUUUUCUACAAGUAAGUUUGGUUUUUUUAAUAGUUGUAAAGUUUGAGUAGUGGUUGUUAUUAUUAGGUGAUAUAUCCCAGCAACUAUUGUGCCAACUGUUCCAUUUAAUAUGGGUUUGAACUCAAGUUAUUACCUGUAUUCACUAAUACUGCUUGUGAAGAGUCCUUAGUGUAAGAUGUUUAGACCAGUCUUUGUGUUAAUGCAAUGAUGGGCUGAGUAUUGCAUGGUCUGGGACACAGGGUAGCAGAGACAUAAAGGGCUCAUUCAGGUGUAUGAAUAUGGUUUUAAUACUGCUUUAUAAUUUAAAAGGAUUUCCAACUGCUUGACUUAUUGCAGUCACUGCCUAUAGUUCUGUUUGUGGUUUGUUACCUAUCAUUUCUUUUCCUGGGUUUUGGUGAAGAACCAUUCUUGUCAUGUAGUGGUUAGGAGUAAGAAAGUUCAGUUAACAAACUUUGAAAGAAUGUACUAGAUCAGCUGACAUCAACGUAAUGCUGAUGACCAGGCUGUGUUUUAGCAGGCUUAAAUAAACUGCAUGUGUCUGUGUUUGCA